GGAACCAAACACGAAAUUAGAGAAAAUUGAGAAACAAAAUCGAAAAACAAAGAAGAAAGGGAAAAGAAAUAAGGAAGGUGAAAACUGCAAAAAGGGUGAAAGAGGAAGGAGGCAAAGGAGAAGAGAAGAGAAUCAUAAAAAUCCCUUCUACGUCUCUUCUCUCUUUCUCUCCUUCUUUUGGCUCUCUGUUUUCUUUCUCUCUCUUCCUUCUUUGCUUCUUCUUAGCAAAGAAGAGAAGGGAAGUGAAAAAGAAAGAAAACCCAUUCAUAUUGCAAAUCUCUCAAUCCCAUUUAUAAUUUAUAAUUUUUUAUUGUUUCUAAGCUUUUGAAGGGUGGAGAAGAUGAUGGUUGCAAACAGUUUUGAUUUAUGGCAAAAAGAUGCCUUCUUUUCUGCAGCAGAAGAGGUUCAAGAAUCUGCUGAUAUAAUGGAAUCAGCUUACAGAAUGUGGAUCAAAGAGAGGAGAGAAGGGCUACAAACAGCAGAAUCUGCUGAACUCUGUAGAGAACUGCAAACUGCUUUAGGUACUGCUAAAUGGCAGUUGGAAGAGUUUGAGAGAGCUAUAAGGCUGAGCCAUGGACAUCGUCAUGAUGAUAUUACAGCAACUAGGCACAGACAAUUUAUUGCUGCCAUUGAGAUUCAGAUUUGCCGUGUAGAAGAUGCAUUAAAGGAAGCAUUUAUUGAGGAGGGAAAGCAACCCCUUAGGUGGGUAAAUCUGGAUGAAGAAGAACGUGAUGAUUUAGCCAUGUUCCUUUCUGGAACCUCUCCAAGCUUGCAACCAUCAGCGAAAAACACUCUUUUGGAAAAUUGUCAUGGGGGAAUGGAUUCAAAUCCUAAUUUUAAUUCUACUUGCAAUGGAAAUAUGUGUGAAGUGAAUAUUUUUAAAGAUUCUGGUAAGGAUGCGGAGUGUUUCAUUGAUGUAGAAGACGAGGAAAGUUCUGGAAGGACAGAUGAGGUAAGUUGUGGACAGGAUAGAACAACUGGUACAAGGAGAACAUGGAGUUCACCAAAUUUUGGUGCAUUGAAAAUUGUAAUUGCUGAUAAAUAUGAAGAUAGAAGCCAAAUCAGGUCAGGCAUUGAGGCCACACCUAAAGAAAAAGGAUCCAAGCCUCUCUUCCGUAAGCAAAGGUGUGGGGAACUUCCUCAGGCCAAGGGUGCAUUGAGUUUAUUCAAUCAGCUUUUUGGCUGCGUUGGUGGGUUACAGAGACAAUUGCAUAGUCCAGUGCACUUGCAGUUUAGUUGUUCACUGCAACUUACACUUGCUCUAAUGAUUGCUAUUUUUCUAAUUGUGCCUUUUGUUCUUUAUUCAAGUUGACAGCAAGUGGCUGCUAAGUGAUGUUGGUCAAGACAAGAGGUGCUGGAGCUAUUUCCUCAGGCUUGGGAAUCCCCUAUCGGGUGAAGGUUGUGAUUGUGAAUCUCUUCCCGGUUGUUUUCAAGAUCUUGGAGCGGGUGAAACUUCCUCUUCCAAUGUCACAGCUAGGUUGGACGAAAAGUUGGGUGUCAUUCUGGAUUUCCUUGCCACACAAGCUGUAAAUGCAUUGAUACUCUCUCUCUCUCUCUCUCUCUCUAUAUAUAUAUAUAUAUAUAUGCUUGCAAGAAUAUUUGUUAGCACAGACAGUCCAUUCCCAUGUGAGCUAAGCUCAAUAUAGUUGAAAAUUAUGACACUAAGAAGGGUUGUCAAUUGUAGCAUUGUGAGGGGCUUACCCUGCCCUUUGUAAAGGAUGCGAUGCCCUUACAUUUGCUUGGAAUUAAUUAAUAUUGAAAAGCUUGCUUCAGUCGUCAUUGCUUCUGAUUUA